GCUCCUCAUGGUCAGUUUAUCAAAGAGAGAAAAGAUGGCGGUAGCAGCACCUAUGAUGCCGAUCUAUGGACGGCAAAUAUCUUCCAAAAACGAGCUGGUUCCAGACUGGACCAGUCAAGAAGUCAGCACCGGGACCACCAUCAUGGCGGUGGAGUAUGAUGGAGGAGUGGUGAUCGGAGCUGAUUCUCGCACCACUACAGGAGCCUACAUCGCCAACAGAGUGACGGACAAACUGACUCCGAUCCACGACCGGAUCUUCUGCUGCAGGUCGGGUUCUGCUGCAGACACUCAGGCCAUCGCUGACGUUGUAACCUACCAGCUGGGCUUCCACAGCAUCGAGCUGGACGAGCCCCCCCUGGUAGAAACGGCAGCCAACCUGUUCAGAGCGAGCUGCUACCGUUACAGAGAGGAACUGAUGGCCGGGAUUCUGGUGGCCGGUUGGGACAAAAGGAAGGGGGGACAGGUGUACUCAGUUCCCAUUGGCGGGAUGCUGGUGAGACAGCCGGUGUCUGUGGGCGGCAGUGGAAGCACCUACAUCUACGGCUUCAUGGACUCCAACUACAAACCAGGACUCAGCAAAGACCAGUGUCUGGAACUGGCUGCUACAGCUCUGACCCUGGCCAUGGAGAGGGACGGCUCCAGCGGGGGCGUGGUCAGAUUGGCCACCAUCUCGGAGGAGGGGGUGGAGCGGCGCGUCAUCCUGGGAAAUCAGUUGCCCAAGUUCUCUACCCACUGAGCAUGCUCAGUAGCUCUAUACGCAUCAUUUCUGUUAAUAAAGUUUUCAUUCAAUCA